AUGGAGGAAGAUUUGAAGAAGCAAGGCGAGGCCAUUGAAGACAAUAGGAGAGCGAUACACUUUACCAAAGUUUCUACCAAGGAGAUGGAUAAUCACUUAGAUGAGAAGAUCUCAAGUCUUGAUAACAACCUCGAUGGCACCACCAAGAGUCUCAAUUCAAUAACAGCAGUAGCUCAUCAAGCUAAGAGGGAGGUAGCCGAAGUAACACUAAAGGAGAGGCAAUGUUACUCGACAAUGCUUACAUUGGUGGAAGGGCAAAAACAAGUGAAGGCACAAAUCCGAGAUUUACACAUCUCUCUAGACAAGAGGAGCCAAGAUAUUCAAAGAAGAGCUAGAGGGCUUGAAGACAAAGUAGAUGGAGUCUCCAAGGAAGUCAAGGAUUUAACCACUCGCUUAGCCAACUUGGAAGAGAAGGUCUUGACCGAGACAAAGACGACCGUUCCUAAGCAAAACUAUGCCGCGCCCGUCUUUACUAUAAGAGAGACCGACCCAAGAGUGAUUUGGGAUGAAGAAGAGAGUAGAGCUGAUCAAGAAAGAGCCACGAAGCUAACCAUUGGAUGA